GUUUUGCAAUGGAACGAAUAUGGUUGCCGUUGCUUCUAACAAGUAGAGUGCUUCUGGGGUCUGCUCAGUUUAAUGGCUACAACUGUGACGCCAACCUCCACAGUAGAUUUCCUGCUGAAAGAGACAUCAAUGUCUAUUGUGGAGUGCAGGCCAUUACAAUGAAGAUUAAUUUUUGCACAGUACUUUUCUCGGGUUAUUCUGAAACAGAUCUGGCACUGAACGGAAGGCAUGGGGAUUCCCACUGCAGGGGGUUCAUCAAUAACAACACCUUUCCCGCGGUGGUCAUUUUCAUCAUCAAUCUCAGCACCUUGGAGGGCUGUGGAAACAACUUAGUGGUAUCCACAAUUCCUGGAGUCAGUGCUUAUGGGAAUUCAACUUCAGUACAAAUAGGAAAUAUUUCGGGAUACAUUGAUACUCCAGACCCACCAACAAUCAUCAGCUAUCUACCUGGGCUUCUUUACAAAUUUAGUUGUAGUUAUCCAUUGGAAUACCUGGUUAAUAAUACCCAGCUUGCCUCGUCCUCAGCUGCUAUUUCUGUGAGAGAGAACAAUGGUACAUUUGUCAGCACUUUGAACCUGCUCCUUUAUAAUGAUUCAACCUACAGUCAGCAGUUAAUUAUCCCAAGUAUAGGAUUACCUUUGAAAACCAAAGUGUUUGCAGCUGUACAAGCCACUAAUCUGGAUGGCAGAUGGAAUGUCUUAAUGGAUUAUUGCUACACAACCCCAUCAGGGAACCCAAAUGAUGAUGUUCGAUAUGAUCUCUUCCUUAGCUGCGACAAAGAUCCUCAGACCACUGUCAUUGAAAAUGGCAGAAGCCAGCAAGGCCGGUUUUCCUUUGAAGUGUUCCGAUUUGUGAAACACAAGAAUCAGAAAAUGUCCACCGUCUUCCUGCACUGUGUUACCAAGCUCUGCAGAGCUGAUGACUGCCCCUUCCUUAUGCCAAUUUGCGGCCACAGAGAAAGGAGGGAUGCAGGGAGGAGGACCACUUGGAGCCCCCAGAGCACGUCUGGAAAUGCAGUCCUUUCUGCUGGUCCCAUCAUUACUCGGAGUGAUGAGACUCCAACCAACAAUUCACAGCUUGGUUCUCCAAGGGAACCUCCCUUCCAGCUGAAUGCCAUCACCAGUGCACUGAUAUCAGGAAUGGUCAUCCUGGGAGUGAUGAGCUUUUCCCUUCUCCUGUGCUCACUGGCCCUUCUAUACAGGAAGGCACCCACCAGUUUGGUGUUGAAUGGCAUAAGAAACCCAGUCUUUGACUGACUUUAACAGGUCCCUUCUCUCAGGAGGACUCACUGACUAUACCCUGUGUUACUGCAGUCAGUGUUUUCAUCCAAAUUGAAUGCCAGCCAGCAUUUGAUAUUUGUAGGUUUGAUAGAUUUCACAGUGUAGUUCGUCAGCAUGACGAUAGUGAAAGAAUUUGGGUGGUAUUGUUCUCGUCGCGUAAGUAUGUGGUCAGCCCUAUUUGUAUGGCACCAAUGGGUAGAAUGACAACAAGCCAACCAUAUUCAGGACUCAGAUCUUACAGGAUCAGUCAUAUUUCAUUUUAUUUCAAUUUUCUUUUGAUAAUUCAUUGUUAUAGAGAUAAAAGGUGGGCAUAGAAAAAAUAUACAUUUGUUACAUUUUUCCCCCUAAGCAUUUAUACCCAGUGUGCUGGCAUUUAGAUUGUUUAUGUGG